ACUCCACUCGCAAGUAUCGCGGACGCGCAAACGACCAUGCGAAAAUAUUGCAAUUACAAAUCUGGAACUUUUUACACCAACGGUUAAAUCAACCGGCAAUCAGCAUAAACAGAAACAGAAAACAAAAUUCAACGUUAAAAUUCAGUUUAAAAUUUUUUUGGAAAUUUUUCAUAUCUUUUUGGCAACGCAAAAAAUAACGUAUAAAAACACGGAGUCCGCGCAUACAACGUCUUCACACACUUUUUGGAUUAACAUCAGCAAUAGAGCCGGCAACCAGCAACUUUAUCAACCCCUCCCUACCAUCGAAACGUCAUCCAGAGAUCAAAAUCUAACAACAAUAGAAUCGAAUUAAAAUUACAGUCGACAAAUCCAAAAAAAAAAGAAAUAAGAAAACCUUGUUAUAAGUGGUUUAAAGAUUUAAGCAAACAUUUGCCAGUUUUUGUUUAAGUUUUUUCUUUAUUUGCUGCCUUGAAUUAUAAAACGGUAAUAGCGGUAAAUUUUCAAUAAUCUAUUAUUCUAAUAUGGUUAAGUGCACCAGUGAGAGGAUCACAAGCAAACAACGCUUCUAAUUAUAAUAAAUAUAUACAUAUAUAAUACUAAUACGCAGUCAUAGGCUAAAACUUGAUAAUAAUAAUACCUAAUACGUAAUCAACUGAUAUCCGACGGAUAAAGUAUCUAUGGGCGAGCGAAAAUGCAGCGACAUGUCUGGAAAUGCAUUAAAAUUAAAUACAAAAUCUAUAAAUUUCUAACAAGUGAAGCAAACACAACCUGAACAAAACGAGAAACGAGUAACGAGAAUUGAAUGAAGACAACGAAAACGAAAACAAAAACGACUAAAACGAAAGAAAAGUGCUUAUUAUAUUGAAUACUAUUCCGUGCCAAGUGGAAAUUAUGAUCAUCAAGUGAAGCUCAAACAGCUCAAAAAUACUCGUACAAGAAAACAAUCGAAGUUAUAUAAUUAUCUAUUCAGUGAGAGAGCAAACACACACACACACAGAGAAGUGGAGACUGCGUUUACACACACACACAAAAAAAAACACACACUUACAUUCGAGAAACUGCAUUUGCAAUUCAACUUUCGGAUUGGAUUGUACCAGGGAUUGGAUCAGUGCCAGUCUUCAGUCAACCACCCCAAAACGCAGUCAGCAGCAGAAACGGCCGCAAAUUGCAAACAAAAUUCAAAUUUCCAAUCAAAAUUAACACAAUUUAACGCAAAAUUGUAAUUUAAUGUCAAUGUGCCUCCUCAUACUCCUCCGCCAUAUCAUAUAAAGCUUUAAGCAAAGCUACCGAGCACGCUUUACGUAACGCGCGAUCGCGAUCGAAUGCAGUCGGGGAAAGUGCAGCUCGAAAGCUUUUGAAACGGCUCGCCACGGCUCUGGACCAACUGCAAGCCCCCAAGGCUCCCCGCCCAACAAAGGGGUACACGCCCCACACGAAACGAGGGAGAGCAACGCACUGCUAAAAUCUCAGAGCAGAAGAGAGGAGAGAAGAACUGCAGCCGAUCGCGCAGAACGGGAAACGAUCGCGAGUGCAGAGAGCUCGUAACUUGUUCUCCGGCCGCCGAAGCUUCGUCGUGCACUUCCUGCGCCCGAGCUGCAACGGAGGCGAUCUUCGAUCUGUGGACUGAGAGCCGCCGCAGCAGCAGCCCCCAGCAACAGGGCCACAAGAGAGAGUCGCUUCGUCGAAUGCAACGCUGAUUGCAAUUACUGCAGGCAGUCAGGCAGGCAGGCGAGAAGGAACGACUGCAUUCUUUGGCGAAAAGUGAAAGAGAGAGAGAGAGAGAGAGAGAGAACGGCAAACGGCGAACGGCGAGUGCGGUGACUGAUCAUUGUCGUCAUCAGCCUCAUAAUCAUCAUCAGUCUUGCCGUCGUACUGGCGCUCUACUGUACUGCAGAGCAGCAGCACCUCAACGCUGCACACUGCAUCACUCUCACUCUCCCGGCGAUCACAGAUCGCGCAACGUGUCGGAAAAGCGCGAAAGUUGUGUUGUGAAAAUAUCGUCGAAACGAAACACGUUCUAGAUAUUGUAAUUAUAAGUGCACCGAAGUGAGCAAAAACCAGUGAAGUUCUUUGAGUAGUGCAAAAAAGAAACAACAAGAAACAGAAACAGAAGCACACAUUAACUACAUACAUAUAGAAAUUCCCAUAAAUAUAGCUUAGCACAUUUUCGGAUUAAAUAUCUACCACACACCUACAGCGCCAAUUGGAUACUCUACACAUUUGGAUACAGCCAGCCAGCAGAGACACCUCCACUCGACUCUCGACGCAACACCAACAAUUCCUUUGAAAAUGGCGGAGGGUAAUGGCGAGCUGUUAGAUGACAUUAAUCAGAAAGCCGAUGACCGUGGCGAUGGCGAACGUACAGAGGACUAUCCGAAGCUCUUGGAGUACGGUCUGGACAAGAAGGUCGCUGGCAAAUUGGAUGAAAUUUACAAAACCGGCAAACUCGCUCACGCCGAGCUGGAUGAGCGCGCCCUGGACGCGCUCAAGGAGUUUCCCGUCGAAGGUGCCUUGAAUGUGCUGGGUCAGUUCCUCGAAUCGAACCUGGAGCAUGUGUCGAAUAAGUCCGCCUACCUGUGUGGCGUGAUGAAGACAUACCGCCAAAAGAGUCGGGCUAGCCAACAGGGCGUGCCCGCGCCCGCCACUGCCGUACAGGUGAAAGGUCCCGAUGAGGACAAGAUCAAGAAGAUUCUCGAGCGCACCGGCUACACAUUAGACGUGACGACAGGUCAACGAAAAUAUGGCGGACCGCCACCGGACUGGGAGGGCAACGUGCCCGGCAAUGGAUGCGAGGUGUUCUGCGGCAAGAUACCCAAGGACAUGUACGAGGAUGAGCUCAUACCGCUAUUCGAGAAUUGCGGCACAAUCUGGGACCUACGCCUUAUGAUGGACCCGAUGACAGGCACAAAUCGUGGUUAUGCAUUUGUCACAUUCACAAACCGCGAUGCGGCCGUCAAUGCAGUGCGCCAGCUCGAUAAUCACGAAAUAAAACCCGGCAAGUGUCUGAAAAUAAAUAUAAGCGUACCGAAUCUGCGCCUUUUCGUAGGCAAUAUACCCAAGUCAAAGGGCAAAGAUGAAAUUUUAGAGGAAUUUGGUAAACUUACAGCUGGCCUUUACGAGGUAAUCAUAUACAGUUCACCAGACGAUAAGAAAAAGAAUCGCGGCUUCUGCUUUCUCGAAUACGAGUCACACAAGGCGGCAUCUUUGGCCAAACGAAGACUUGGCACUGGUAGGAUUAAGGUAUGGGGAUGUGAUAUAAUAGUCGACUGGGCCGAUCCACAGGAGGAGCCAGAUGAGCAAACAAUGUCUAAGGUUAAAGUUCUUUAUGUGCGUAAUCUAACCCAGGACGUCACAGAGGAAAAACUAAAGGAACAAUUUGAGCAAUAUGGCAAAGUAGAACGCGUUAAGAAAAUUAAAGACUAUGCCUUUAUACACUUUGAGGAUCGUGAUAGCGCCGUCGAAGCUAUGCGUGGCCUUAAUGGCAAGGAGAUCGGCGCCUCGAAUAUCGAGGUCUCACUCGCCAAACCGCCUUCAGACAAAAAGAAAAAGGAGGAAAUUCUGCGCGCCCGUGAACGUCGCAUGAUGCAAAUGAUGCAGGCACGUCCCGGCCUUGUGGGAUUUGAAACAUUGUCUCCAUACAGAAAUCUGUCGCCGACACAUCCCAGCAUGAUGUCCUUGACGCCCAUGCGCCUGCCAGGUGCGCGCAUGCCGCUCCGUACGCCGAUACCUCGCGAAUACGAGGUCGACUAUUUUGGGUACCCGGAAUACCGUCCUGGUCUGGCCACCAACGAGUUAUAUUACGACGAUCUAUACCGCACCUACGAAGGUGAUUUCCAUUACUAUAACUAUCCGAAUGCCACCAACGAUGGCAGCAGCGGCGGCGGCGGCGGCACCAGUCUCGGCGGCGGAGGCGGAGUCGGAGUCGGAGGCGGAUCCGGAAUGGCUGGGGCCACAUCAAGUGCCGCACAGCAUUCGUCGAAAGCCCAAGAAAAUGGCUCGAACUCGUCGGCCGUUAUGGGGGCUGGUCGUGGGCAUGGAACCACAGUGCAGCGUGGCAAAGCCGUUGGCCAGCGUGGCAGCAUCAGUCGUCGGGGGGCCCAAACAGUGCCACAGGCGGCGGGACCGGCAGCGGCGGCGGCGGCGGUGGGACAGGCGGCGGCGGUAGCUCAGCGGGGGGCCACCGGUCAGGGGGCGCCGGCAGCAACCGGGGGGGUCCGUGGGGUGGCACAAACGCGUCACAACGCUCGUGGCACCCAGCACGUCAAGCCGCUACAAAAUUUACCAGAGAUAAAAAACACAACCACAAUCAACCAACCAACAAAAAACCAAUCGAAACUAUCAAAACGAAUGAACUUAAAGCUAAAUCUCCCAACAACCUACGUCGAAAGAAAACUGCAAAGACAAUCCAACUACAGCAACAACCCAGAAAGAAUAGUCGGUAAACGUAAGUUCGAUGGAGGUCACCAAAAUCCGGCAGAUGUUAAGCGACGUUACCCGAGCGGUUUAAUAGGAAAUGGCGGCAGUUGGGGCAGUUUACCGCUACCACAGCAACCUUUAGGCACAAAUGGUGAACAGUGGUACAUGGAUACGUUUUCGGCAUGGAGUUAGAACAAUACAACAACAACAACAACAACAACAACAGCAACACCAACAACAACAGCAACCCUAUAUAUGAUAUCAGUUAUAAAGCAGCCACACAACAUGGAAGUUACAGCCCCAGCAACAUCCAAUAAUAAUAAUAAUAAUAAUAAUAAUUUCACUCGUCGAUGUCCUGGAGAAGAUCUAGAUCCAAGUAACAAAACUCUUAAAAGCAAUAAAUUCCCUUUAAAAGAAUUGUAUAAACCAUAAGAACCUACAGCUAGAGAAAAUUCUGAGAGAUCCUUAACUUGCUUUAGAUAUAAACGCAUUCAUUUCGGAACCAAACCGAUUUCCGUUCUGUUCAUUUGAUUCAUUCGAAAUAGCUUUAACAACAAACAAACAAAUAUUGCAGAAUCAGUACCAGUAUCAGAGUCGGAAUCGGUAUCGGUAUCGGAAGCAGCAACAAAUCAGUCAAGUAGAGUAUAUAUGUAUCUGUAUGUAUGUAUGUAUGCCAACACUUAUAUAGCCUGUGCAGCAGCAGAAUUUUAAAAGAAAAAUUUCUUCAUUUAACCGAUUUCCUCCCCCCCAAGAACCAUUUUUAAAAUCAGAAAAGAUCAAACCCGUAUAAACUCGUAGAUAAACAAAAUCGAAGUCGAAUCGUUUUAAAAGUUCACAGAAAAAGUAUAACGAAAACAAAUUAAGUCUCAUAGCGUUUUUAACUUGAAAUCGAAACAAUAAUUGAGCGCAUAUAGCAAAAAAAAAAAAACAAAACAAAAAACCGAAAAACGAUAUAUAAAUUUAAAAAUAUAUAUAUUUAUCUAUAACUAUAUAGAGAGAGCAGUCUAAGCCCAGUACGGAUUGAUUUUAAAUCUUAAGCAGCAUGUAGCACCUUUUUAUACAUUGAAAUUGAAUUGAAUUGCGUAAAAAAAACCAAACAAAACAAAACAAAAAACAAAUUCGAAAUCGAUUCGACUAUAUACAGAAAGAGAAGAGAGGAGGAGAGGAGCCUUAAGCAAAAUUAACACACAAGCAAAUAGUGCACAAGCGAUUUCCCUUUACUGUAUAUAACCACACAGCAAUAAGGAGCCAGCAAGACAUAUGGGAAACCAGUACAUAUAUACGAGAGAGAUCAGAUUCAGAUUCAGGUUCAGAUGAAUAUUGAUGUGUACUAAAUUAAAAAAACAAAAAAUGUUUAAUAUUGUAGGGACUUCGAGAGACAACAACAAGAAUUCAAAGUGAAAAGCAAAGCUUAAUGAAGAAACAUUGACUGACAAAAAACAAAAACAAAACAAAAAGUAAGAAAACAAAAAAAAUAUAAAUUAGAUUGAUUGAAUUGAUAUGAGAAUGAUAAGAAAAUACAUACAAAAACAAAAAAAAAACAAAAAGAAUAUGUAAAUGCACCCAGCAUUAUUAUAUAAUGACUGGCAGUGGCAACUGGCAAAGACUUUCUGCA